AUGAAUCAAGUUGCAUUUAUAGUGUGUUUUACUACACUUAUUAUUUGUUCAUUAACAUGUUUAUUUUCAUGUAUUAUAUUAGUUUGUGUUAUUCAUCAUCUUUAUCAGAAUCGUUUACAACAAGAAGAUCGAAUAAUUAUUAUUCAUUGUAUCAAUAUUUAUUCAUUACUUUCGAUCUAUAUUGCAAUAGUAGCGCUGUUUAAUAUUCAAUCAAUUCUAGGAAACUUAUAUGGAUAUGAUUUUAAUUCAUCAUGGUGUAUAUUUUUAGGAUAUCUUGCUCCUACUCUAGCUUGUAGUUUAUUUUGGGCUUUUGUGAAUCAGGCAUUCUUUCGUCUUUCUCGAGUUAUAUAUCCAACUAUAAGAAGACUUCAAUCAUAUCAAUUAUAUAUUGUUUUACCAUUCAUAGAAUUAGUUCUUAGUUGUAUCUUAAUGAGUUUAAUCCUUUUUUUACAUUCUGUUGUUUAUCUUCCAACCGAUUAUUAUUGUUUUGUACCAUUUACAAAUGUGUAUAGUAUGUUUUGGCUUGUAUUAAAUAACUAUGGAAGUCCGGUUGGAGUAUUAUUAUUUAUUUAUAUACGCAUUACAAUUUUUCUUCGUCGUCAAACAAAUACUCAAACACUUGUAGUUAGACAACGACAAGAUCGUGAUUUACUUGUUAUUCGACGUAUUCUUAUAACUGUUGGUUUCGUGAUAAGUCUUGGAAUACCUGCUAUGAUUUUUCUGUAUAUCAAUGCUAGGUUUAUGUUUAUUAACAAUUAUUUUUACACCGCAACUGAAAAAGAUUAUUAUGAAAAUAAUUCAACAUAA